AUGGAUCUGAACCUCAAGCUCGUGCUCGAAGACCUGAAUCACCGUUUCGACGACCCAGAUCAGAAGUGGGAGAAGCAUUUCUCCAAUCUCGAACGGGCGCAUGCGGCUCGGGAGCAGGCGGAUCUGCGCGUCGCCGCGCGCAAAUCGUCUACCGCCGCCCUAGAAUCAAACAGCACCGAGCUCGCCAAGGCGGACGUCACGACCUGCCUCGCCAACCUGGAGGCCGGCUACAUCGGGCAGUCCAACGACGUCCACAUGCGCCUCUCCGCCCUUGAAUCCAUCCGCGUCGACAUGUUCGCCGAGACCGCGGAUCGCGUGACGAUGCUGGAGACGGCGGCUACGGAUCUGGGCUCCUGGCGCCCAGACCCCGGAGGAAGAGGUGGGCGUCCCGGCGGCUGCGCGGCCACCUCGCUCAGGAAAAUGGAGCAAAGACCACAAGUGCCCCCCGGAAAUUCUGUUGGCGGUGGCGAUUUAUGGGAUUCUGAUGAGUUCUUGGAGUCUCCACCGGCUUCUCGGGAGGACGAACAUGCGUCUGAUCAAGUCUUCCUGGCUCUGUCCAAGGCGGCGACUGGGGGUUCGCCUGCUGUACCCACGGUUCAGUUCGAAGGCUCUAUCUGUGAUCAACCUGUGCUCAUACUCGUUAACUCGGGAAGUUCUGCUUCUUUCAUUAGCACCAAGAUAGCCAACAAAUUAUCUGGUGUUCAGCUGAAGUCUGUACCUGGGUCUGUCCAAGUGGCUGGUGGGGGUGUUCUGCAUAGCACUGGUACAUUGCAGCAAGUGCCUUGGGUGUUGGACCUUCAAGCUUAUGAUAUCAUCGUGGGGAUGGAUUGGUUAUCUUCUUACAGCCCAACACUGGGAACAGAAAUGGAUUGGGUUUCCUUUUCGCGGUCAGUACACGGUCUUACAAGGGAUGACUUCUCAGCGCCCAGCCACUGUGUAUCUUCAGGAUCUUACAAUGAUAUUCUGGUGGUCGUCGACAAAUACUCUAAGUAUGCUCAUUUUGUGCCUCUUCGUCACCCUUUCUCGGCAUCAGGCGUAGCCAAAGCUUUCAUGGAUAACAUUUACAAGCUCCAUGGCCUUCCAUCCGCCAUUAUCUCGGAUCGCGACAGAAUAUUCACCAGCACCUUGCUGUUCCUACUUCGGCUGAUGUGUUACCUGAAUUGGCCCGUUGGUUGGAUGAACGUCCCUGCCGAGAUCGUUCAACGCCGCUGGACAGCGGGUGCCCACCCUGUGCAAGAGGUGUUGGUCCGAUGGUCCCAGAUGCCGCCGUCGCUGGCCACCUGGGAGAACCUCGAGGAGCUUCGUCGCUGCUUUCCUCGAGCCCCAUCAUGGGGACAUGCUGGCUCUGAAGAGGGAGGGGAUGUUAGCAGCCCUUCUCCAGCACUACUGCCGUCAACAACAGAAGAAGCUGCCCGAGCCGUCGAGCCCAGGAGAGCGCCGGCUCGUGGAGGAACCAGCUUCGGCCCAAGACAGGACGUCGAGCCCAGGAGAGCGCCGUCCCAGGAAGCCCAGUUCCUGUUUCUUCGGCCCAGCGUGGUCUAA